ACAUAAUAUUUUUUUGUGAAAUAGCACAUUUAGAUUUGAUAUGAGUAUCUGGUAGAGUUCUGUAUGGAAAACGAGAGUGGUGUAAACUGGAAUUACCUAAGACAACAUAAAUUUGUAAACAGUAGGUUUGAAAGGGAGUGAAGCGAGAAAUAAAAUGAGAUGAAGAAAAAAGUUCUAAAUAAUGGGUCGAGGCAAAUAAAAAGAUGAAAUCCCAAUACUCCAAGGAUGAAUAGACUUGGGCAGUCAACAGGUCUUUUAAUAGUCGCGGUCACCAGCACCUUAGCUGUCAUAUUUCUCAGUUUGCUUGUUUAUCAGUUCCAUUCAGAAACUGCAAGGUUCGCUCUGCAGAUAUCUUCCGGAAGAAAUAUAUGUCCUGGAAGCAUUGAACGUCUACAAUUGAUGCCUACUGCCGUUUCUAUUGAAUUACCGGUCUCCACCACUUUACUACCGAUGGCGGUUCAAAACGAGGAUAUAACUAAAAGCACAGCAAUUUCAUCCGAAAAACUCCGCUCAAAUGCCAAGACCUCAACCACAAAUCACUGCAAUACAGAUGUUCUAGUAAACACAAUUGUAGAAAAUAUCCAGCAGAACUCAACUUCAAAUAUUUCAAAUUCAAAUGGAACCCAACUUCAGAACGAGUGUACAGAAAAACUUCAGUUUUCCACUCAGAUAGUUUCAAAGGUCAUUCAUCAGCUCGGUGUAAAAUGCCGGAAAAAAUCUCGAAUAAUAAAAGUGUAUCAUCAUCCACAACAAGCGCCAUUGCACAGCGGAGCAGAGCUAGAGACAAGACUUUUAGUUGACACAGCUGUAUCUGAUUAUAUUGUCCGAACUACUGGUACAAGGCAGUCUAAUGAUGUAUUUGCAUCCAAUAUAUUUGAGAAAUUGGAAAGUUUACUGUUAGAGUCUAGAACACAAAAGAAGUAUAGUGUACAUGUUACUGUUUUUACUAGUGAUGGGAGUGAAGAUUAUAGUUUGCGAACUGAGGAUUCAAGUUGGGUUUGGACAAAACAAUCAAACCUACCCUUCGGCAGGAAAAGAAUCCUAAUUGUUCUAAUAUCCAACGGCUCUACCGAUGUAGACAGACUGGACUGUCUUCAACAUUCAGCAGUUAAUACAAAAAUAAGCUCUAUGUGUGUUGGAAGACCUCACGAGUGUGUUCGAAAUGCUGGCGAGAAAACACUGGAGGUUUACAAUGCAUGCAGGAAGGAAAGCAAUGAAGGAUUUGGUGUUGUCGUCAUCUGCUGGGGCUGUGAUGUUUGGCACAGAUGGAGUGCCGGAUUCCCGGUAUUGCACGUGCAGAACUCAGAUGUCUGGAAUAAUUUGGUUUGGGCUUUUCAUCCGCUGGAGUAGGUAUGCAUUCUGUUCAGUGCAGUGCUGUGCAAUGCAUGAUACACUGCAGUGCUCUACAUGGUACACUGCAGUACUCUACAAGGUACACGGCAGUACACUACAUGAUACACUGCAGUACUCUACAUGGUACACUGCAGUACUCUACAUGGUACACUGCAGUACUCUACAUGGUACACUGCAAUAAUCUACAUAGCACACUGCAGUACUCUACAUAGUACACUGCAGUUCACUACAUGGUACACUGCAGUACACUGGACUGCAGUUCACUGUACUGCAGUAAGUGUACUGAAUACAGUGAGAAAAGUAAACAAUGUAAGUGGAACCAAAACAUUGUAAACAAAUGUAUUGCAAUUGCAAAUUAAGUAUCUCAGAUUUUAUAAAACAGAAAUUUAUUUCAGAAAAGGUUUUUUAUAUACAUAUAUAUAUAUAUACUUUGCUUGUCUGUUUGUAUCCAAAAAACGUCAAAACGAUCGGGCCCGGCUUUUGUGUGGGAACUCACAUGAGUUUAAAAAAUUUGCCUCCAACAAAAUUCGAUUGUUAUUAAAUUUUUAGAAUGAUUUUUAUAAAAUCCGCGA